AUGCAAUCCAAUACUUUGAUCGGCAUCAUCAUUGUCGUAAUUUUCGUCUGCUUUGUGCUUCUCAUCUACGCUGGCGUGAAGCUACUUCAGAGACUGGCUAUCAGAAUGGCUCGGGCGAAGGCCAAUGCCAGAGAAGAAACUUCUUCAACUGCAGCUACAGUGAUGGUCACGGAGGGUUGA